AUGGCCAUCGACGACGUCCCCUCCAUUGCUUUGCCCGGCAAGGUCCUGGGCCCAGUAUCCAAGUUCGCGCCCGGCGCCGGUACACACGUUUACGAAGGAAAUGUCGUCUCCUCUCUACUAGGCCAAGUCACGGUGACACCUCCAGCAAAGGGCCCAGGACCUCAGAAGCGCCUAAACAAGAUCACCGCCCCGACGACAGAAGAGCUUGCCACCGUCUCCGUGUCCCGCCAUGGACGCAAGCGCGAAAUCCUGCCCGAUGUCAAUAACAUUGUCCUUGCGCGAGUGCUUCGUCUUAUGCCUAAGCAGGCGAUUGUGGUAAUUCAACAAGUGGGCAACACAGUCCUGCAAACUGAGUGGCAGGGUGUGAUUCGAGUGCAGGAUGUGAGGGCAACAGAAAAAGACAAGGUCAAGAUUUACGAGUCGUUUAAGCCUGGUGAUAUUGUACGAGCGCAAGUGAUCUCUCUUGGUGAUCAGGCCAAUUAUUAUCUAUCGACUGCAUCUAACGAAUUGGGAGUUAUCCUGGCCACAAGCGAAGCUGGCAAUGACAUGGUUCCUGUCAGCUGGAAAGAAUAUAAAGACCCCGAGACAGGCAUCAGUGAGCCUCGAAAGGUCGCAAAGCCUAGCUGA